AUGGGACUUGAUGCUGUACCACACGAGAGGAAAAAGUUUAUUAAGGGAACGAAUAUUGUUGUGCAAAAGAAUGCUACGGAUGGAGUGUAUAAUGAGCAUCUCUCACUAAUGUAUUCUAUUGCCGCUGAUGAUCAAGAGGAAGUGAUGUGGUGGAAUAAUACCCUUCGUCCAGAGAGAAAUCUAACCCAUCCUUCUGAUGCUUUUUUGCAGGGUAUCAAGGCUUUGCGUCCGGCCGCGUGUUUUAACACAUUUGACAUUCAAAAGGCGCGACUCCGUCGUCUUGUAAAGCAAGAGAAAGACAAACGUAAGUUCCUGAUUCGACGCAAAAAGGAGGUUGCGCCCACGGCAGCCAUGAAGGCCUCCCUGAAUCCGCAUAAAGUCCCGCGUACAGGUGGUCGCGCUCCAGAAGAAGAACUUAGGUUGCUUUCCCGUGGAAAGAAAUCGUCAAAGAAAAACACCACUAAUGAAUCUGAUAAAAAGAAAUAUUUCCACAAGUGGAAGAAACAGAAGUUACAGAAAAUUGGAAAAGGUUUGUAG